AUGAACACAUCAGCUGCAAUCUCAAAGAUCUUUUGGCCUUCGCAUCUUUGCUCCCGGCAUGUCAGGACAGGCUUCAUCAUCGGCUGGAACGUCCGGAGCUUCACAGCAUGUAUCGCAACCGUCGUCUCAGAUAUCGAUCUUGAACCGCUGGUGUCCGCCCUAGGCUCCCUAACCGCCGAUCCACAUUUCGCAGCCAUCAACCGUGCCUGCGGUGUCAACCCCGUAGUUCUCGGCGUCGCGAUUGUCCCCUUCGCCGACGGCAUGGACGCCAAGACCGUCGCCAACAGCAACGCCCGUCUCCUUGCCUCACGCUCGCUCCUCGAACACAAACAAACCGCCAACCUCUGGCUUACGAUUGAGAUCAAACCGACCUAUAUCCCUUCACUCGUAUCGCUUCAUUGCUGUGGGUUUCAAUAUAGCAACGUCAGCUCCGAGACUAUUUUUUAUAAGCAACCCGACCCGAGGAGCUUCCAGUUCUUGUCGUUGGAUCCGUUGAUUUUGGAUAUAUCGAAAAUUAAUGCGUCGGGUGCGUUGUUCGAUGCGGCGUUGAGCAGUAGCGGGAGUUCAAACACUGCGGUACAGAAACGGAUGGUCAAAUCGGUUUUGAGUCAUUCGAGGUCUUUCAUGUCGUCUUCUGGACGAACGGUUACUGACGAUAUGAAUGUCACUUUGCAGCAGAUCAACUCAUCGUACGAAAUGGAGCAGGCGAUCCACGCAAAGGCGAAAAACUUGCUUCGUAGGCGCGCUCGGAGCAGGAGCAUGUCUGAGGCUGUACGCGAGUCCGCAGUCGACCUUAGCAUCAAAGUUCGCUCAAAACUCGCCAUCACCGUCACAACCCUCUGGCCGAUGAUCCAGCCCUUCACGAUCCGCCCGCUCAUGGUAAUCCUCUUUCUCCUCCGGAGCCUCGUCGAGAUCAGUCUCUGGAUCCUGAACUGGAAGUUCCCGGCCUGGGCGUUUAAUGGGAUCGCGAUCAAGGAUAUGACGACGACGGGACAGCAGAUCGAUUUGAGGCUCCAGCAGGCUUGUUUUUGGCCAUGGCAGUAUUUUAUGGCGAAGAAGAAGGCCUGGACGGAUACUUCUGUGACGAGGGCGCAGUAUAUCAGCUUCUAUAACAGUAUGUGGUUGGUCGCGAACGAUAUCAUUAUUGGUGUUGCGCUCGGAUCGUUCUUGAUCAGUAAUAAUAAGUACAUGGGCGAGGUCCUGCAGCGCUAUGUCAAGGACUACACGAUCGAUACCAUAUCCGCGGUGCUCGAAUGGUUGACCUCCAAGAACGAAUACCCUGCCGGACUCAAACUCAACCCAGAGUUGAACCCGUUCUUGGGCCAGCUCUUCAAAUGGCUGAUCGAGAUCUGGGCCGAUUUCAUCAUCUCCCUCCAGCCGAUGGUCCCCGUUAUCAUCAACAUGAUCGGUCUCUCGGGCGCAUUUGGGGCGACCAUGUCCCUGUCGUUGAUCUCGGACCUGUUGGCCUUCACAACUCUUCAUAUCUAUUGGUUCUAUAUGGUCGCGGCUAGGAUCUUUCAUUGGCAGUUGACGAUUCUUUAUUCGCUGUUUAAUUUGUUCCGCGGCAAGAAGAGGAAUACGUUAAGGCAUCGGAUUGACUCGUGUGAUUAUGACUUGGAUCAGCUUUUGUUGGGCACGAUCUUGUUCACGCUCUUGACGUUCUUGUUCCCUACAAUUGUUGUCUACUAUCUCACCUUUGCAUUGAGUCGAGUGAUGGUCAUAUGCAUGCAAGCAACCAUGGAGACCAUUCUCGCCUGUCUCAAUCACUUCCCGCUCUUUGCCAUCAUGCUCCGUCUCAAAGAUCCCGACCGUCUACCUGGAGGCCUACGUCUCGAGGUCUGUCCGGAACGGUUCUUUUUCGACCGCGCUACACCUCUACGAUGGGUAGUCAGCUCUUUGAGGUCCGUCUCUGCAGACAGUCCGCACCCGCAACAACUGCAGCAAUCGCAACACGAUCUGAUGGGCAGCAAGGGCGAUAGAAGCGGCAGCAGCUCACAACACCAGCACCAACACAAUGAAUUGGAAAUGAGCGGAAUAAGGAAUGGACAGCUGCGACAGAGGCAUGUGAAUGGAUAUCAACAAUAUCCUCAGCAGCAUUCGUAUUUCGGAGCAAUGCCAGGUCCACGCCACCAUUUGCACCAUGAUUUUGGAUCGCAUCACGGCCUGACCGAGUCACCGGGUAUGCUCUCGCCACCGGUGGCGGUACCUGGGGAAACGAUGAUGACCGAACCCGAAAAAGAACCCCGAUCUGUCAGUUACCUCUUCCUCACCAACUCUCCGCUGCCGAUGUCGGCCAUAUUCUUCCAAUACUCUGUCCUGUGGAAACGUCUGUCGUCCCAUUACUUCACACUCCACGUGCUCAAAUGUCUUCUCUCGGGCGAGACCAUCCGCUCCAUCCCUAGGUUGCAAUACCCCAUGUUGCCUGACACUAGGAGUCGGUUCACGGUAUAUGCGAUCAAACCAACUCUCCUCCGUUUCUGGGCCUUCUGUGAAGAAACCCUCAUGAACCAAGACACAGCACCCAAGCGCUAG